AUGUCAAACAUCGCAGAAAACGUCUCCGCCAAGGUCUCCAACACCGCCAACUCCUACAUCGGCGGCGCCAAGCAGACCAUCGGCGAGACCAUCAAUAACCCUGACUUGGCCGCCCGCGGCGCUGCCCAAAAAGUCCACGCCGACACUGCCCAGAAGGUCGCCGAUGCCAAGACCCAGGCCGAAGCCGCUGGCCACAAGGUCGGGGGACAUACUCAGAACGCCACCGGAAGAGCCCUUGGCGACUAUUCUCUUGAGGCCUCUGGCGAAGGAAACAUCACCAAGGGCGAGAUCGAGCGUCGUCCCUAA